AUGUCAAAAGUUCAAUUACCAAACACAAAAUUAUUUAUUAACAAUGAAUGGGUAGAGUCAAUUUCUGGAAAGAAAUUUAAAACAUUUAAUCCAACAAAUGAAGAAUUAAUUUGUGAAGUUUCUGAAGGUGAUAAGGAAGAUGUUGAUAAAGCAGUAAAAGCAGCAAGAAAUGCAUUUGAAAAUGGACCAUGGGGUACAACAAUGUCAUCAGAAGAAAGAGGUAGAAUUAUAUUGAAAUUGGCAAAUUUAAUUGAAAACCAUAAAGAGAAACUUGCACAAUUGGAAACAUUGGAUAAUGGUAAAUCAAUUGUUUCAGCAAGGGAAGAUAUUGAUUUUUGUGUUAGAGUAAUUCGUUAUUUCGGUGGUUGGGCUGAUAAAAUUCAAGGCAAAACCAUCCCAAUUAGUAGUGAAUUCACAUCGAUUACUAAACACGAGGCAAUUGGUGUAGUUGCUUUAAUUGUUGCUUGGAAUUAUCCAGUGAUGUUGUUAUGUUGGAAAUUGGGACCAGCUUUAGCUGCAGGUUGUACAAUCGUUGCUAAAUCAUCUGAAUUCACCCCAUUGACUGCAUUAUAUCUUUGUGAAUUAUUUAAAGAAGCUGGUUUCCCACCUGGUGUUUUCAAUUUAGUCAAUGGGUUUGGUGCAACUGUUGGUAAUGCAUUAUCAUAUCAUAUGGAUAUCGAUAAGAUUUCAUUCACUGGUUCAACUAUAACUGGUAGAAAAAUUAUGGAAGGUGCAGCAAAGAGUAACUUAAAACCAGUGACAUUAGAACUUGGUGGUAAGUCUCCAAAUAUCUUCUUUUCAGACUGCCAAAUUGAUCAUUGUGUUGAGGCUGCUAAGGAUUACGUAUUCUCAAAUAACAGUCAAAACUGUUGCUUCUCAUCAAGAUUCUUUGUUCAUGAGAGUAUCCAUGACGCUUUCUUGGCAUUAUUCACAGAGAAGAUUAAACAAUUAAAAGUUGGUGAUCCAUAUGAAGAAUCCAACAAUUUAGGCCCAUUGGUUAGUAAACAACAACAUGAUCGUGUAUUGGGUUACAUUGAAAAAGGUAAGAGUGAAGGUGCAACUUGCCAUUUAGGUGGUGUUAAACAUCAAAUUGAUGGUAAAGGUUAUUUCGUUCAACCAACUAUUUUCACCAAUGUCACUGAUGAUAUGACAAUUUGUAAAGAAGAAAUCUUUGGUCCUGUUGUCGUAAUUUUAAAAUUCAAAACUGUUGAUGAAGUAAUUAAAAGAGCAAAUAACACAACCUAUGGUUUAGCAGCUGGUAUUUGGACUAAAGAUAUCAGUUUAGCAUUAAAUGUUUCAAAUAAAUUAAAAGCUGGUUCAGUUUGGGUAAAUAAUUAUGAUAACUGUUUACCACAAGUACCAUUCGGUGGUUUCAAACAAUCUGGUAUUGGUCGUGAUUUAUCUGAAUAUGCAAUUCAAAGCUAUUUAUCUGUUAAAGCUGUUACAAUUGCUCAUAAAACUUUACAUGCUCACCAACAACAAUAA